UUAUGCGAGUCUACGACAGUCAUUUAAAGAUAUUGAAGCAGAAAAGUCUUUUUAAUUUAUUAUGUUCCUUGUUCCUCUGAGAAUUUUUUUAUGCAGAUAAAAGUUUUCUUCGAAUUUUUUUCGAUUUUUUUUUUUAAUAUAUCUAACGUGACUGUAACUGGAAAAAAGAAGAAAAAGAAGUGUAUUUCAGUAAGAAUUGCCACUUUUCUUUUUAAUUGAAUUUUUUAUUUCGGAUUUCAAAACAUGUGGUGUAAAAAUUUAUUAAAAGUUUAUCAAUGGUUUUCAAGAAACAUUUUAAGAGAUUAUUGUAUCAUGAAUUGUUCAUCUCAAGAAGUUGAAAAAAUUGAAAUUAAUAAAUCACGUAUUAUCAACAAAUCACCAAGAAUACUUAUUACAGGUGGUCUGGGACAACUGGGUACCGAGUGUGCAAAACUAUUUCGUAAAAAUUAUGGAAAUGAAAAUGUCAUUUUAUCUGAUAUAAUCAAACCGACAGAAGAAAAUUUAUCAAACGGACCUUUCAUUUUUGCCGAUAUUCUUGAUUUUAAAGGAUUACAGAAGAUUGUAGUAAAUUACAGAAUUGAUUGGCUUAUUCAUUUCAGUGCUCUUCUUAGCGCUGUAGGUGAACAAAAUGUUCCUCUAGCUGUAAGAGUCAACAUAGAAGGAAUGCAUAACGUUAUUGAACUAGCAAAGCAAUAUAAAUUAAGAAUAUUUAUUCCUUCGACAAUUGGAGCAUUUGGUCCAGAUUCACCACGUAAUCCUACUCCAAAUGUAACUAUUCAACGUCCACGAACAAUUUAUGGCGUUAGUAAAGUUCAUGCUGAAUUAUUAGGUGAAUAUUAUCAUCAUAGAUUCGGUCUUGAUUUUCGAUGUCUUCGAUUUCCGGGAGUUAUUAGCAGUGAUCCACCAGGUGGUGGUACUACAGAUUAUGCAGUAGCAGUUUUUCACGAAGGAUUACUCACUAAAAAGUAUGAAUGUUAUUUAGAACCUUAUACAAGAUUACCAAUGAUGUACAUAGAAGAUUGUUUAUCAGCUCUUUUUCAAUUUUUAAAUACUCCAAGCGAGCAAUUACAAAGAAGAGUAUAUAAUGUUACUGCCAUGAGUUUCACACCUGAGGAAUUAUUUACUGAACUUAAAAAAUAUGUUCCUGAUUUAAAGAUUUCAUAUAAACCAGAUGCAAGACAAUAUAUUGCUGAAAAUUGGCCACAAGUUUUCGAUGAUAGUGAUGCUCGUCGAGAUUGGGGUUGGCAGCAUAAAUAUAACUUAGAAAAACUUGUAGAAUCAAUGGUGCGCGAUGUAAGGAAAAAUUUUUCAAGCAAAAGAUCAUUAAAAGAAGUUAACAGUUAUGUAUGAUAUAAUUUAGAUAUAAUUGAUAUAAUUAAUAUAAAUUAUAUUAUAUAAUUAUCUGAAGGUACGAAAAUAUUAUUUAUUUUACAACAAAAACAAAAUAUAAAAUUUAGAAAAUAUAUUUUUUAUAAUUACA